AUGGCGUACGAUGCAAGCGAGAUCAUUAUUGAUCCCGCCCUCCAACAAAGUGACUACGACACGGAAGACACUGAAGACCUGAAGUCUGAGUACAACAUGUCCGACAGACUGACCAUCGAUGUCGACUGUCCCUCCUUGGGCUCCAGUGAGUGUCCAUCGAUGGCCUCGAGCUUCUCUCCCAUGGAUUCACCAACUCCAACGCCGAUCUCCUUGUACAGUCAAGGGUCUCUUACCUCUCCAGGCUGGCCUGAAGGAUCUGGCUUCUCUGGCCAUGGGAUGGAGGCAUCGAGGACCUCGACGCCUCUGAAGAGCAGCUUCAGAAUGGCAGACAUCACUGGUGACGGAAUGGCAAUGCAUUACGGGAACAUGGAAGGCAAUGACCGAGUGCCUCUCUUUGACUACGUUCCUGGCUAUACAGACAGCGCGGAGCAGUUCUGGAUUCCCACGGACAUGCCAAAGAGCUAUGAUCACGGCAAUAGCUUCGCUUACCAGCCUCCGAUGGCACAAUACCCUCAAAUGGUUCGAAACUGCUAUCGCAAUGGCCAGAAUGCCUACCUUCCCGAAUCAAUCUCCAACCCCUGCUUGUCUCGCCCCAUCUUCCAACAGCAGGAGCGCCUCCAAACCUCCAUGUCCAUGAGCAAUAUGUCGCAGUGGAUGCCGUCGGCUGAAGUCAUCUCGCCUCAGACGAUCGCCCCGGCCCAGGCGUUCCCAGAUGCGCCCAUGACACCACCGUCGUCAUUUUCAGGAUUCCCCGGAUCAGCCAGCACACUGAGAACCCAUACUCCCGCUACUCCAGCUCGGUCGAGUCCCCUGGGGACACCUGGAACGGAGACACCGAUGACCCGAGUGUCUGGGAACAGUGAUCACAACGACGAGGACUUUAUGCUGUCCCCGGGGGCGCAAGAAAGCCUGGAGAACAGACCCCAGCGCCAGGCUUCAAAGAAGACGACGAAGAAGCAAACCUCCAAGCAGAGCCUCAAACUCGAGAACCUUCCCUCCAUCAUCAAGCAAGUCCAGUUCCGCUGCAAAGAGCCGGGUUGCAAAGGACGAUUCAAGAGACAAGAACACCUGAAGCGACAUAUGAAGAGCCACUCGAAGGAAAAGCCACAUGUUUGCUGGGUCCCUGGUUGCCACCGAGCCUUUUCCCGGAGCGACAACCUCAAUGCACACUACACGAAGACGCACAGCAAGAGAGGUGGUCGCAAUCGCUACGUGGCGACGCUGGAUGAAACCAGCCCAGACUAUGAUCCAGACUUCCGUGGCCAGCUGACCCCCGAUGGUCGGCCCAUCUACGGGUCAACACUGGAUGAUCCCAUCCCUACUGAAAACAAGGACGGGAACGCGGAGUCUUAG